CGGAGGCGGCGGCGACGGCGGCGGUGGCCGCGGCGUCUUUAGCGGCUCCCAGUGCAGGAUGGUGCUGGAGGCGGCGGCGGCGGCCGUUGUGGCGGCGGUGUCGUUGGCGGCAGCGGGAGGGGGUGCUGUGGCGGCAGCGGCGGCGGCGCCCGCGGGUGGUAUAAAAUGGCGGAUUUCGAGGAGUUGAGGAAUAUGGUUUCUAGUUUUAGGGUUUCUGAACUACAAGUGUUACUAGGCUUUGCCGGAAGGAAUAAAAGUGGACGCAAGCAUGACCUCCUGAUGAGGGCGCUGCAUUUACUGAAGAGCGGCUGCAGCCCUGCGGUUCAGAUUAAAAUCCGAGAAUUGUAUAGACGCCGAUACCCACGGACUCUUGAAGGCCUUUCUGAUUUAUCCACAAUCAAAUCAUCGGUUUUCAGUUUGGAUGGUAGCUCCUCACCUGUAGAACCUGACUUGGCUGUGGCUGGAAUCCACUCGUUGCCUUCCACUUCAGUUACACCUCACUCGCCGUCCUCUCCGGUUGGUUCUGUGCUGCUUCAAGACACUAAACCCACGUUUGAGAUGCAGCAGCCAUCUCCCCCAAUCCCUCCUGUUCAUCCUGACGUGCAGUUGAAAAACUUACCCUUUUAUGAUGUCCUUGAUGUUCUCAUCAAGCCCACGAGUUUAGUUCAAAGCAGUAUUCAACGGUUUCAAGAGAAGUUUUUUAUUUUUGCUCUGACACCUCAACAAGUUAGAGAGAUAUGCAUAUCCAGGGAUUUUUUGCCAGGUGGUAGGAGAGAUUAUACAGUCCAAGUUCAGUUGAGACUUUGCCUGGCAGAGACGAGUUGCCCUCAAGAAGAUAACUAUCCCAAUAGUCUCUGUAUAAAAGUAAAUGGGAAGCUGUUUCCUUUGCCUGGCUAUGCACCACCACCUAAAAAUGGGAUUGAACAGAAGCGCCCUGGACGCCCUUUGAAUAUUACAUCUUUAGUUAGAUUAUCCUCAGCUGUGCCAAACCAGAUUUCCAUUUCUUGGGCGUCAGAAAUUGGAAAGAAUUACUCCAUGUCUGUAUAUCUUGUACGACAGCUCACAUCAGCCAUGUUAUUACAGAGAUUAAAAAUGAAAGGUAUUAGAAACCCUGAUCAUUCCAGAGCACUAAUUAAAGAAAAACUUACUGCGGAUCCUGAUAGUGAAAUUGCUACCACUAGCCUUCGGGUGUCCUUGAUGUGCCCUUUAGGAAAAAUGAGGCUGACAAUCCCAUGCCGUGCAGUGACUUGUACACAUCUACGUGCUUUGAUGCUGGCCCUUUAUCUGCAAAUGAAUGAGAAGAAGCCCACCUGGAUUUGUCCUGUGUGUGACAAAAAAGCUGCCUAUGAAAGUCUAAUUUUAGACGGGCUUUUUAUGGAAAUUCUCAAUGACUGUUCUGAUGUGGAUGAGAUCAAAUUCCAAGAAGAUGGUUCUUGGUGUCCAAUGAGACCGAAGAAAGAAGCUAUGAAAGUAUCCAGCCAACCAUGUACAAAAAUAGAAACUGCAGGUGUCCUCAGUAAGCCUUGUUCAGUGACUGUAGCCAAUGAGGCAAGCAAGAAGAAAGUGGAUGUCAUUGACCUAACAAUAGAAAGCUCUUCUGAUGAAGAGGAAGACCCUCCUGCCAAAAGGAAAUGCAUCUUUAUGUCAGAAACACAAAGCAGCCCAACCAAAGGGGUUCUCAUGUAUCAGCCAUCUUCUGUAAGGGUGCCCAGUGUGACUUCGGUUGAUCCUGCUGCUAUUCCGCCUUCAUUAACAGACUACUCAGUACCAUUCCACCACACGCCAAUAUCAAGCAUGUCAUCAGAUUUGCCAGGUUUGGAUUUUCUUUCCCUUAUUCCAGUUGAUCCCCAGCAGUACUGUCCUCCUAUGUUUUUGGAUAGUCUCACCUCACCCUUAACAGCAAGCAGUACGUCUGUCACCACCACCAGCCCCCAUGAAAGCAGUACUCAUGUUAGUUCAUCCAGCAGCAGGAGUGAGACAGGGGUCAUAACCAGCAGUGGAAGUAACAUUCCUGACAUCAUCUCAUUGGACUAAAGGAGGACUCACUCGAUUCUAGGAAUCAUUCAUUAAAACUGCUCUUUCUUGGAUCUCUGGUCCGUGGAAGCUAUUUUUUUGGUAACGAUUACUUUGAUAUUUAUUGAAGUGUCAGAUGGACUCUUUUGCCUUCUGAGAGAUGAACACAGAUGACUGCAGCAAGAACCACAUGACAUGCAAGGAUUUUUCUUAUUCAUGCUGUACUCUGAGCAUCAGAUACAUUCAGCUGUAACUGCAUCUUCUUGAGAGAUGGAUUUCAAUUUCAUAUGUUACUGGUUGGAUUCUACAAAUCAGUUAAAAUUUUUUUUGUUGUAAUAAACAGCAAUAAAGUUAUGUAAAUAUUCAAGUAAACUUUUUUCUAAUUAAAAAAAGAUGUAAUCAAUGAUUCUGAAAUGACAAGUUUUGUUUAAUCUGAUGUGAAGGAAAAAUAUAUGGAAAGAAGUUACGUUUGCCGAAUGAGUCCUUUCCAUGGAGAUUUGUUCUAUUUCGUUGAAGUAAUGAAGUCUUGAUAAGUGGCCAAAGCUUGGGUUCCACUUUUCUUCCUGCAGUUCCACUUUUCUCCCUGAUUCCAUCAAAGAAAAAUGGCCUUUGUGUUAAGCAUUUUCCCCUGGUUGUUGUUUACACUUCGGUAUUGUGUGCUGAUGAAUGCAGAGUGAGGUUCUGGGAUUUGGCUGUUCUUUAUUAGCGAUUGUGUUGAAGAAACCCUAUGCAGAGUCUGCCCUGACGUAAUGUGUGUUAUUUUGGUAAUCGUACAUUCUUAUUCUAGAGGUUUCUAUAAAUUGGGGGCUUACCUUCUCAAAAAAAAAUUCUCUGCGGCCGUCAAAUGAAAUGUUUUUAGAUUAAGGUGUAGGCUGGAAUGUUUGUUAGAAUUUUGUUCUCACUGUCUAGAAAUAUUAAGAGGUUGGAGGCAGUGGAAGAACAGAUUUAGGGGCGGUGGGAAUAGCAAAGUUUAAUUUCUUCCUAAGAACUUCUUUUGCUCAUUUAUUUUACAGGAUAAUGUACAGAUCUGUGUUGAAACUUUUCAGUUUAGUAACACUGACAAAGAAAAUAUGUUUUAGAUCUCAUUUUUCUCAUAGCAGUGAUUUUCAAACUUAAAGAACAAACAGUAGCAAGGGGGUGGGGAUGGCAUCAGAUUUCCCUUUCCUUUUUUUUAAAAGGAAAUCUUUCCUGAAGCCACAAAAGACAAAACAGAAUUAGAAAUGUUUGAAUAUAAGAAAGGUUUGAAGAGGAGAGGAUGGGCCUGAAACCCACUUUGAAAACUACUCUCUUACUGUGUGUUUGUUUUUAAAAUCUCUCAGAAAACUGUUUUACCCUUAGAGAAACAUUUUUAUCCAAAUUUUAUACUUUGCUUUCAUUUGGCUGCAAAAUUCUGAGUUCUGAAGGAGUUAAUACUUCCCUAAUAUUUAGCUUUCUCUCCCUAAGCUGUAUCUACUUUAAAAAUAAACCUGUGUUAAAAAUGAUUAAUCUAACUGAUUUCUCAAACUGAAGUGCCCAGAUGAAGAGUCCACCAAUUUCAGUUAGGAUAGGGAACAAUCUGGGUUGGUGCAACUCCAGGGAGCUGACUUGUUACUGCUUGGUUUUUCACACCUUCUCAAGUUCUCAUGCCCCCCCGUGCUCUUUUUGUACUCAUUUAAUUUCAUGUGAUUUUCUACAUCAUCCCUUCUUUGGCUGCAUUAUCCCCUUAAUGAAUUAUCCCUUUUGGAGAGUUACAAGCAUGGGAGACGAACCUGAAUCUUCUUGCAGUAGUUGCAUCAUAGUUGCCAGUUUUACCUUCUUAGUCCACGUUACAGUCGAUUGGUCCAGAUACAGAAUUUCUUCCUAGUAAAAUUUUAUGUUGCUGCUCUAAAUAUGGAUGCAAGUUCUGUUAACUCUGUAAUCAGAUAGAAAAAGUAACCUGAUUUGUGUGGUAUAAUUUGUUAAUAAAGAAAUGCUGUAUAUUUGUUA